AUGAAGGGCCUCUGGCUGCCGACAUUAUGGGCUCUCCUUGUGCUGGUCCUGGGCUUUGGCCAAAGCCUGCCCUCGGCUGAGGUCAUUCACAGCAUGGGCAAACGUGGCGUGGCAGUAAGCAAACCGGCACCUGAUCCCGAACAACCAACGACCGUCUGGCGUGGUGAAAAGUUUCGGACUCCUCAGGAGGUUGAAGCCGCUGGCGGCAUGUUCUCUCGAGGCCUUGAAAAACAGCGAAGAGGUGAAACCCUUACGAAAGAAGAAAUUGGGAGUGGCAGCAGCUUGUAUGAGCAUGCCAAGGGCAACAGAAUAGCAAACUCGCAAUAUGUGUCGACGGCUUCAGAUCCGGCCCUGGGGCUGCGGUUCGGUCGCGGUGGGGAUCAAAACGGCGAGUCAAACGGAUACCUCUAUCGCAUACACGCCGAUACAAAAGCCAUCGACGUGGAUGCGUCCCUUGGGCGGUACAGCCCCUACAAAGGCCAAACAGAGAAUGCAUUCAUAGGGGGCAUCCCAUUCGACCAAAUCGAAGGCUGGUACGAAUUGAAGGGGAUCAAAGACACAGACGUACUCGAAACGAUUAAGCGAGGAGAGUCUCCGGGGCGUGUAGAAUUCAUUAAGAACCCCAAGUUUAACGAAGAAAAGUAUCGCAAUCAGAAAGGAAGCGGAGCACAGCCUCAGAUCGCCGGGUUUCCUGAGACCUCUGACGCAUGGAAGGAAAAGCCGUGGAACCAAUACAAGGACCAGAAAGUGUUAGAUAAUCUGGGCAAUUUCUAUUGGAACAAGGUAUGUGGAGGCACAAGCUGCAACAAAGACUUCCAGCCUCUCGUUUCUCAGCCGCUGCCCGAACCAGAUGCAGGCAAAGAUGGGUCGUCGGGUCCAAAUGAGAAUGGGGAGCCGCUGUGCAAGCGCAGCAAUGGAUGCAGAAAUGGUGCAGAACCGGCCAACAAUAACCAAGAGGCCAACAAGAACAACGGCGAAAAGACAACGGGACCCCCGGCCGACAACAAACCCCCAGCCAACAACAAACCGCAGCCGCAGCCCGAUAUAAACCAACAGGGGAAUACCGGAAAGCCCGGUCCCGAGCCAGAUUCCGAACUGGUCAAGAACCCGUCUGCCCGGCAGCGGGAGAGGAGGGCAGAGGGCUGGGAUGUCCUCAGCUCGGACGGGCCUCGAGAGCCCACUGACCUCGGCACGGGCAGCAGCGCGCUCGCGCCAGCGGGCGAGGGCGGCCUGUCCAUCAUUCAGACGGGAAUCAAGUUGAAUGCCUUGAGGAACGUUAGUGCCUUGAGGAACGAGGAACGAGUGACGAAAGGAUUUGCCUUGCCUUGA